AUGACGGGUCUGGUCCAGGAUUCUCACAGGCUGUCUGUGAAAACAUGGACAGAGGAGGAGAGUGACCGAGCUGAGAGCACACUUAGCAGAGGACAGUCAAUAUGUGACGACACUUCUUCAGAGCUACAGCAAAUGGCAGCCAUUGACAGGAGAGAUGCUGGUUCCCAGAAUUCCUUUCGGGCCCGAGGGGCUCUGUCCAGGAUAGUCAGUAUGGUGAUGACCCUGAGAGAAUGGGCGCAGAAGAGUUUGGCUGAGGAGACGGAGCGACCGGAUUCUUUCCUGGAGCGGUUCAGAGGCCCCGCUAACAUGGACAUACAGGCGCCGCCCAGCAGGUUCAGCCACAGCCGUACCGGCUCAGAUGCAGAUCACGAAAUCAGACGCUCCAGACGCACGAGAAAAAAGUGUAAUAUUGUGGUCUUAUCUCCAUCUGAUGACGCGUACUAUUACUGGCUGAUGGUGAUUGGUGCUGCAGCCUUUUACAACUGGACCCUGCUAGUUGUCAGGGCUUGUUUCGAUGAACUCCAGAUGAGAAACGUGCUCAUCUGGCAAGUGCUGGACUACACCUGUGAUGGAGUCUAUAUCCUGGAUAUUGCUGUUCGGCUUCACACAGGUUUCUUGGAUCAAGGCUUGAUGAUCAAAGAUGUGCGCCGUCUGAGAGAAACCUACAUUCGAACGUUACAGUGUCAGUUUGACAUCUGCUCCAUUCUUCCAACUGACCUCUUGUACCUGAUUGUUGGAAUCGGCUACACUCCGCUUCUUCGAUUCAACAGACUGCUGCGCCUGCCCCGUCUCUUUGAGUUCUUUGAGCGUACAGAAACACGAACGGGCUACCCCAAUGCUUUCCGCAUCUGUAAACUGAUUCUGUACAUCCUGGUCAUAAUCCACUGGAAUGCCUGCGGAUACUACAGCUUCUCCAAAAUCCUGGGACUGGGCUCUGACUCAUGGGUUUAUCCCAAUGCGUCUGACCCUGAGUUUGGCACCUUGUCACGAAGUUAUAUAUACUGCCUAUACUGGUCGACCAUGACGCUGACCACUAUAGGAGAAACUCCUCCACCCGUUAGAGAUGAAGAAUAUCUGUUCCUGAUAUUUGACUUUCUGGUUGGUGUUCUGAUAUUUGCCUCCAUUGUGGGUAAUGUUGGAUCCAUGAUUUCUAAUAUGAAUGCAACAAGAGCAACCUUUCAAACACGUGUAGAUGGACUCAAACACUACAUGCACUUCAGACAUGUCAGCAAGGUGCUGGAGCAGCGUGUCAUCCGCUGGUUUGACUACCUUUGGACCAAUCAGAAGACAAUUGAUGAACAAGAAGUCCUCAAGAGUCUGCCUAAUAAACUGAGGGCAGAGAUAGCUAUUAAUGUUCACCUGGACACACUUAAGAAGGUGCGUAUCUUCCAGGACUGUGAGGCAGGCCUCCUUGUAGAAUUGGUGUUAAAACUCCGACCGCAAGUUUUCAGUCCUGGAGACUACAUCUGUAGAAAGGGAGAUGUGGGUAAAGAGAUGUACAUAAUUAAAGAGGGCCGCCUGGCAGUGGUUGGGGAGGAUGGCGUCACACAGUUAGCUGUUCUGACCGCAGGAAGUUGCUUUGGAGAAAUCAGCAUCCUAAACAUCAGCGGCAGCAAGAUGGGGAAUAGACGCACGGCUAAUAUUAGGAGCCUGGGAUAUUCUGACCUGUUCUGCCUUUCCAAACAAGACCUGAUGGAGGCGCUACAGGAGUUUCCCCAUGCCAGGGCACAGCUGGAGCAGAGGGGGCGGGACAUCCUGAUGAAGGAGGGACUUCUGGAGGAAGUGAAUGUGUCUGCAGGGGAGGAGUUGGAGACGAAGGUGGAGAGGCUAGAAACCAGUCUUGAUCGGUUGCAGACGUGUUUGGCCCGUCUGCAGAGUGAAUUCAACUCAUCCCAGCUUCGACUGAAACAGCGAAUAACGGCCCUGGAAAGCAACAUCCCCACAGCAGCAACUGGCAGCGGCUUCCUGUCAGAUGCUGACGGCAAUGAGAGUAUUUCUGGUGGUGACAGUGUGCGAAGUGAAAUUACCUUCCGAUUUUGAUGGAAUCAUUAAAAAAAAUGUCUUAAAUUAGUUUUCCUGAAAUAUUUAGGAUAAUUUCUUCUUAGAAGUUUCUUUUAGUUUGAAGCUUUCUUAAUACCACUGAACAGUUGCUCACACCUUUAUGAUUAAAUAUAUAGAUAAAAUUGCAAGUAUACAGUAGAGUAAUGCAAUAAAUAAACAAUGCUUGAGAGAGAGGGAACCUAAAGAAGAAAAAUACAGCUGACUUAUGUCCUAAUUAUGUCUUAAUCUACUAUUUGGCAUGCAUUAAAGGUACAGUAUGUAAAAUCUCA